CAAUAAAGUCGAGACGCCUGCUCGCGGAGCUGCAGCUGAUGUACCGCAGGCUCCACCAUGGACGCUGACACUGCCGUCCGGAGGCUCAAACCGCUGCAAAACCUACACGGUUAUCCCGAGCAGGAUGACGGUGGGACCCGCUACCGUUGUGAGAACAACGGCUACAACGGGGACCCGAAGCGGAAGCCCGAAGUGAGACUGUACCUGCUGCGGGAAGGACUGGCGGCGACCGUGGUCACUGUGUUUAUUUUGGUGCUGUGGGGACUCGUCCAUGUGUCGCUACGACACCUGGUUAUCGGGAAAUCCACGGGGGAGUUCAACGCCGUCAGAGCCCGACAACACCUGGAGCGGAUCACUAGUGUGGGUCCCCGGCCGGCAGGCAGCCAGGCGAACGAGGUCCUGACCGUGGGCUACCUCCUGGACCAGAUUGAAAAAAUUCGUCUGGAGACUGCGCACGGACCCCACAAGGUUUCUGUGGAUGUGCAGCGGCCCACUGGAUCUUUCUCCAUUGACUUUCUCGGCGGCUUCACCAGCUUCUACAACAGGGUCACCAACAUCGCUGUCAGGCUAGAGCCCAAGAGCGGCGCCCAGCAUCUCAUGCUGGCCAACUGCCACUUCGACACGGUGGCUCACAGUCCAGGUGCCAGUGAUGAUGCAGUGAGCUGCGCAGUGAUGCUGGAGGUUCUACAUUCGCUCGCCAACCAGUCCACACCACUACACCACGGAGUUGUUUUCCUCUUUAAUGGAGCUGAGGAGAAUAUCCUGCAGGCCAGUCAUGGCUUCAUCACUCAGCAUCCGUGGGCCAAACAAGUCAGAGCCUUCAUCAACUUGGAGGCUGCCGGUGUUGGCGGGAAAGAGAUCGUCUUCCAGACAGGUCCGGAAAACCCAUGGCUGGUCCAGGCCUACGUAAGAGCGGCCAAGCACCCCUUCGCCUCCGUGGUGGGUCAGGAGGUGUUUCAGAGUGGGGUCAUCCCCUCCGACACCGACUUCCGAAUUUACAGGGACUUUGGCAAUAUACCUGGCAUUGACUUGGCUUUUAUUGAGAACGGCUUCAUCUACCAUACCAACUACGACACCGCCGACAGAAUCCUGACUGAUUCAAUACAGAGAGCAGGCGACAACAUUCUGGCCGUCCUAAAGCACCUUGUCAUGUCGGAGAAGUUGGCCGACUCUUCGGAGUAUCGCCAUGGUAACAUGGUGUUUUUCGACCUGCUCGGGGUGGUGAUGGUGGCUUAUCCAGCACGUGUUGGCACCAUCCUUAACUAUCUAGUAGCCAUGGCGACGUUCGUCUACCUGGCCAAGAAAGCCUCGCAGCCCGGCAACGGAGGGUUCCGUUAUGUGCGAAGUUUGGCGUGUGCAACAGGGGUGGCAGUAGUGAGUUGGUUUGUGGCUCUGUUGUCGGUGCUGAUCGUGGCUCUGGCUGUCACGCUGCUUGGCCAGUCCAUGUUCUGGUACAACCACUUCUACGCCUCCGUCUGUUUGUACGGAGCCGCCGCCACCGGCAAGAUGAUCCUCAUCCACACACUGGCGAAAAACCUUUACUAUGGGGGUGUCCGGCUGGUGGAGCUCGGCGAUCGUUUCUUCGACGUGAGUCUGCUGCUUUGGUGCCUCAGUCUGGUGUGGUUGACCCAGCGCGGCCUGUGUUCUGCCUAUGUGCCCAUGCUUAUGGUGGCAUUCCCACUGACCACCAAGCUGCUGCUCGCCAAAGAGUUCAAACACAGAGGGGCGUCGCUGAAGUACAGCGUGUUCUAUCUGCUGGGCCUGGCGCUGCCUUACGUCCACUUUAUGUUUCUCAUCUGGGUGGUGUUUGAGAUUUUCACCCCCAUCAUGGGCCGCAGUGGCACCGAGAUCCCCCCGGAAGUGGUCUUGGCCUCGCUGGUUACCCUGACAAUGGUUUUCCUCUCAUCGUUUUUUCUUCACUUCAUCUACUUGGUUCGGAGCACCAAGUGGAUCCUGGCGGGGCUGGGAUCAGUCUUCUGCGUCAUGUUCCUGUUAGUGUCCUGCAGCGUCUUCUUUCCCUACUCCGGCAGCCCUGAAAACCCCCGGCCCAAGCGGGUCUUCCUGCAGCACACCACACGGACCUUCCACAACCUGCAGGGCCAGGUGGAAGACCGAGACUCGGGCAUUUGGAUCAACAGUUUCGAUUUCACCGCCAUCCAGCACAUCACGCCGCACGUGCCUGAGCUCAAUGACAGCGUGAGCACGCGCUGCCGCACCGACCGUCCCUUCUGUGGUUACCCCUGGUUCCUGCCCGUCAAGUUCCUCAGCAAGAAGAACUGGUACCUUCCAGCCCCCGAAGUGUCUCCCAGCGCUCCGAUGGAAUUCCGCCUGCUGUCACAAGAGGAGACGAGCUGGGGGACCGUUAAGAUGAGCUUCAGUGUGAAAGGUCCGAGUCACAUGUCUCUAUACCUGAUGCCUCAUAAAGGGUCCAGUCUGUCCACCUGGUCCUUCGGCGAGGGGACGCCUCACUACGAACCCAGUGGAGAGUACUUCGUCUUCUACUUCCACGGCCUCGACGCGCCUUCGUCCACCUUCUGGUUUGAAAUCCAGCCCCCCAGGGACCCGGAUCCGUCAGGACCAGAGGGGAUCAUCUCGGUGGCCAUCGCCUCUCACUACUUCUUCGGUGAAAACAGAAGGACUCUUCAGCUGGAGGAAGUGGUUCGCCGGUUUCCCUCCUGGUCUUUUCCCUCCUACUGGGUCAGUACAUACGACAUGUACAGAUACUAACCUCGCUGGACAAGAAGCGGAGGUCGGCCUGGAGGCUGUGGGGGGUCUUCUGACUGAUGACCGAAGUCUCAGCCUCCUUCAAGAUCCUGCACAAGCACACACUCACACCCACUGAGACCCCCGUCACUGUGUCAGCCCCCAUGGUAGCAGGGCAAGAUGCUGAGCGGCGCCGGAGGUCAGCUGACCAGCAGCUCUCAGCCUGGUAAACUUGCAGACUGGCGCCCCUGAACGCCUCAAAGGGGCAAACUUUUUGUACUUACUCUUUUGUGCCUUUGCUUUUACUAACUCCAUCUCACUCAGUCUCUGUCGCCGACUUCCUCCUUCCUCUCGCACUUCCUCAUUGACAACCGCCAACUUUCCUGUUUCCAGUCGGGCCAGAACGUCAGGUGUUCCACUCCAGGAAAGUGCUUGAAGCAAGAGGACGUACGUUCUUCUGCACUUGAACAAAUCUUUAUCAUGUCAUAUACUGUAUAGAUCGACCUCCGACCGCACCAGGUGACUCCACUCCCCUCUGGGUUUGCAGCGUCUCUUACUUACUUACGGUUUCACCUACUGUGUCAAUUCCAGUUCCGUUUCCUCACCAUGGCACCAUGUCAGAUGUGUGUGGUGGUGGUACUUGCAACACUGGUCGGGCAACUUCUCCAGGCUAAUGCCACAGUCAGGCCUCGGUGUGAGAGCUGAGUCUGAGCAACAUGAAUGGAAGGAGAUGGAAUCAAUCGUUCCAGUUGUUUUGACCUGGUCUGGGUUAUAAAGAAAUUAGAAAUAAACUGAACAAGUCCAGCGCCGUCCUGGCUUUGAGCAGGUCUUCAUUUCAACAGCUGUCUGUGGACGCUGUUGGCCGUCUAACGCUCUGUUCGUACAGUUUGUAUGUUAACAGGGUUGUUCCUAAACUGAGCUUGGACAGAGAGAAUUGUCUUCAAAGUUUUCAAAGUUUCAGUUACAAGUUCAUAUAAGUUCCUGUAAAGCUUGUCAUGAACUGGGAACAUUAUUUAUCAUUAAGUGACGAUAAUUUAUUCUCAAUCCACCCAAGCAACAAAAAGUACAUUCAUUUAUAAUGACAGAGACUCUUGAACCUAGAGGCUUGGUGGAGUGCAUGCUGCUUCUCUGGUCAAUAGUUAUCUUCCGUAGAAGACCCAUAAAAAUUGAAAAGUACCUGGCACAGGAAGUGGAUUUGGCUUUGGUGAUGUUAGUUGGCUCUCACUCUGUCGCUCACAUCUCUAAGGUGUGGGUCCAUCCAUCCGAGCGGCUGCUGUGCGUUUUCAACAUGGUCCCAAGCUUCCUUGUCAGAGACCAGGUUUGUUGAGAUUGUGUAGCUGCGUGUGGACGAGUCGGCGUGUUGCGUAGCAGUCAGUCACAUGCGCCACAAACCAGCUCUGUGAUCCGCCACGGAAUGUGGCUGGGGGAUUAUGGUGAAGAUACCUUGAGAAAUGUGCACUUUCUUUCUGCUGAAGAGAACACUGCUCGGAUCAAGUCUGCCUCUGACUAUACACUGUUGCGCUGACAAGUCAGCGGACGUUGUCAAGUGUAGCACCUGCGGAGAUUUCACCUGUGGUCACAGGCUGUAACAUUCCUUUGAAGUCAUCAGGAGUGACCUGUCAAUCAAUUUACGUCCGAUUACAACACUUUUUGUAUACAUAUAAACAAUGUGGUUCAGACCACAUUGCUGAAUUUUGUUAAUUUUUUUUAUGUGUGUCUGAGAGGAAGUAGGAGGAACUGCUGUAAUAAAGUGAGAAACUGUGUCAUGCUAAGGUCCUGCUGCUGCAAAAAAAUGACUAAAAUCGAAUCAAGUCUUGACCAAAUGUUCUAGAGUUAAAAAAUUAAACCUGAGAUUUUAUCAUUCGUGUUGAAUGAUAGUUCACUUUAGAGAGUAGCACAGCAACGUCAAGGGUCACGUCCUGGAUCAUCAAGCGAGUUUUAACGCUCCAAACCAGAGUCUUAUUUAUUUCUGCUAAAUAGGCAACUCGAUUCUGCUGUUUACCUUUUUGCUUACUCGUGUUGACUUUCCAACCUCACGUGUUCCAACAGGCUCAUAAAACGUUGUAAGCUGUAUUCAUGUGCCGUUUCCCGACGAGAAUCUCGCGGUGUUCGUGUGAAGUUUCCAGUUUUGGCAAGGAACGCUUGUCUGCGCAACUGCGCUCCGGAACAGACGCGUCAUGCUGGAUUGGAAAACAAACAUGUGGAACUCGGCUACGACUCUGUCUUUACAUUUCCCUUGAUUCUUGUGGUUUUCAGAAUCCAAAAUCUAGUCAAGUAGACUUUUGGCUGAUGUUCUGACUCAAGACCAAAUGCUUCAAAUGUAGUUGGAGCAACUCAAUCAUGAAUGGCACAUGUACGAGAAUAAGCAAAUUGUUGGGAUUUUUAUUUAUUUCAUGAUUGUUUGUGUUUCUAAACGCCGCUAGAUUCCUCACUACCUUUGCCUUCCUUUGUUUGACUCUCUCAGUGAAUAAUUCUUUGACGUUGAUUCCGACUGCUCGAGUGACUCUCUCAAACUGCUGCUGUUGUUGUUUUCCUCUUCUGCGACAAUGCAAUUGUUUUGUAUUCCCUGUAGUGCGAGAGGCGUGUGAGACGCUGCUGACUGGGAUCGUACCGAGUGAUGAUUUUACAAUAUGCAAAAAGAAGCUUGAAUUAAACUUCAAAUACAUCAAAUAAAGG